ACUUCUGAACAUAUAUUAUUGUUAUUUUUUUUUUAACCAAACAAUAAGCAAGAUUCAGCCCGAAACGACAGAAAAGUGCCAGUGCAGCUGGGAGAGUUUGUGGAGAGUAAGCAAAGCAAAGAAACUGCCAAGGAAGCGCUGCCAGUUGCAUCUCGUUUGGAAUUUGAAUUCAAAUCGGAAUUGAAAUCGGACCAGGAAGUGAGCGCACCAGAAACGGCCGCAGAAACAACAGCAACAAAAAGAAUGGCUUUGGAAAGCGGCACACAAACUGGCAGCAAUGCGCUGACAUCAUCCUUUACGACAAAGAAGAAGGAUGCCGCCGCGGAAAAGGAGAAUCUGUGGUCGGCAAUAUUGAAUGAAGUACAAACACAGGGCAGCACAAAACUUCCAGCAAACAAAUCUGUACUAGUAUUAGGCGACAAUGCCACCGGCAAGACGACCCUCAUUGCCAAACUCCAGGGUGUGGAGGAUCCCAAAAAGGGAUCCGGCCUGGAGUAUGCCUACAUUGAUGUCAAAGACGAGUACAGAGACGACAUGACGCGUUUAGGUGUUUGGGUCCUGGAUGGUGAUCCAGGACACACAAAUCUGCUACACUUCGCGCUCAACGAAACGAACUAUGCACACACACUCGUCAUCCUCACAGUGUCGAUGACCCAGCCUUGGGGCUGGCUGGAGCAGCUCAAUCAUUGGAUCAAAGUCCUGGGCCAGCAUAUCGAGAGCCUGCCACUGGAGGCUAAAGAUAAGGAGAUGGCACGCCAGCGAUUGGCCACGACGUGGCAGAGCUAUUGCGAGGUCGGCGAUGAUCUCGAUCCUGGCUCACCCGUCAAACGCACCAUGCGCAACAAUUCGAUCGAUGAGGAUGAUCUGUUGCCGCUGACAGAGGACGCACUAAUUACAAAUCUGGGUCUCGAUAUAGUCGUUGUGGUCACAAAGACGGACUACAUGACCACAUUAGAGAAGGAGUACGAGUACCGGGAUGAGCAUUUCGAUUUUAUCCAGCAAUGGAUACGUGGCUUUUGCCUACGAACUGGCGCCUCGCUCUUCUAUACAAGCGUCAAAGAAGAUAAAAACUGUGAUCUCCUCUACAAAUAUCUAACGCAUCGAAUUUAUGGCCUACCAUUCCGUACGCCAGCGCUAGUCGUUGAAAAGGAUGCGGUACUCAUUCCGGCUGGCUGGGAUAGCCUGAAGAAGAUUAGUAUUUUGUAUGAGAAUAUGCAUGGGAUCAAGGCCGAAAGUCCCUAUUCAGAUGUCAUCAAGGCUCCGCCCACACGAAAGGCGGUGUCCAAUCGCGAGGUGGAAGUGCAAACGGAGGACGAACAGACCUUUUUGGCCCGCCAACAGGAGAUACUCAAGCAGGCUGGACAGGAUCGCGGGGAGUCACCGUUGCGUUCGCAGGGUGGGGGUGGUGUCGGUGGCAAUAAGAGUGUGCCACGCACACCCGGCAGCACCGGCCAGAGCUCACCCAAGAAGAUUGAUCCCAAACUGACGCCAGCCACGCCCGGUGGCGAGGGUGUCCUGGCCAAUUUCUUCAACUCACUGCUACACAAAAAGUCGGGCAGCCCGGGUGGCGGUGGAGGUCCACCGGGCGCCGGCACACCCACAGGCACAACGCGCACCUCCAAUGGCACCGACAGCCUCAUGACGCCCGAGAAGUUGGCGGUACGCUCAGAUGCGGCCGCUGAGCUGGAUCGGCUGUCGCGCAGCGUUAAGAAGGAGAUUGAUCUGUCACAGAGUGAGUGUUGAAACAACCCGCCCAUAGCAGCAGCAGCAGCUACCACAGCGGCAGCAACUACAACAACAACAACAA